GACAACAACGUAGGUAUUGAUUAACUUUGGCACCGAAAUAUUUAGUAAAGAAACCUUAUCAGAUGAAUGUGUUUUUUAAUGAAUUGGCUAUAGUUACUUUUGAAACUAAAGUUACAUUACUUUAGUUGAGGUUUUGUUUUCAAAAUACUGGAAUACUGUGAGCGAGCGACGCGUAACAGAUACUAGGUACUUAUAUUAUAAGAAGGUUACAUAUAAUCACCGUUGUUAAUUACGCUAUAAUAUAGAUGGAGGUCCAGUCAGGGCAGUCCACCUCCACCGCCACCCCCACGUCGCUGACUUCAGUCUCUAGCGGAUCUGCGUUCAGUGACGGAUACCCCAGCGCACGAGAUGACUUCGAUCCGACUAUGGAAGGGUCACUUUCCCCCGUGGACUUAGAAGCCCUGAUCCAAAGCGAACGCAUCACGAAGAUCCUCGACGAGUGCGUGUACAAGACCAAGCUGGCCAUCUGCCUCCCCAACCUGGUGAAGGAGUUCCACACCCUCAGCUCCAUCCUCUCCAGUCAGAACAUGGACGACCUAGUCUUAAUAUUUGAGCAGUACGAUAAGCCGCUGUUUUCGACAAGUGUCCUGAAUAUGGAGGCUUUGGAGGAAAUUAAAAGUGGAACAAGUACGCUGAAAAACCGGUUAAAUCCUGAAUUAGGCCACCUUAUGUACAUUAUGUUCAGCUACCCAGCGCUGAAGCCUAAAGUUGAAGAAAUGGUAGAAAAGAUGAAACUUGGCUGUCAGGACGGCGAAAUGUCCCCAUCCAUGGACUACUUGGUGACGUUGGAGCAGUUCCGGGACCUGAUGGUGAGGCAGCUGUCCACAACAGCGGCCGAAGAGCUCGCAGCCAAGUUUAAGACUAAGAAGCUUGAGGCGCAGAAUGUGAAACUAAUCACAAACAUUAAAGAAAAAUCUGAAGCAUUGGAGGCCGAAAAAGAAGCGUUUGAGGCGACGAUGGAAGAGAAAAGACAGAAGAUUAAGGCGCUACAGGAUGAGCUUGAGGAGAUACAGGCUGAAGCUUCAAAGGAUAUCAAAAAGAAAAUUUUGGAUUCCGAACGUCAAAUGGUCCUUGCCAGUCGCGUGCACGCCGUGAAGAACGACAUCUUGCAAGAUGAGCAAGCAGAGACGACGCGCGUCUACAAAACCCUGCUGGCAACUCAUGUGCAGGAAGAGAAAAAACUGCGAGCUCGCAGGUUGAAAGUGGAAACACAAUUGCUCUCCUGGAUCAAGAAGUACGACCUGGAGAUGACGGAUAAGCAGGUCGAGUUCGACGAUUUCCAGCAGAAGUACGAUGAUGAAGUGCGCGCGUGUCGGGAGCUAGAGGAGAAACUAAAAAUUCAGGACGUAGAGUACAUUCCUCUAAUGGCGGAGAGAGAAGAAGAGUACCACAAAGAGAUGAAGGAGAAGAUGGAGAAGUUCCUUCUAGAACAUGCUGCGCGGGUCAUCCAGUCCGCCUGGCGCAAAGUUCUUCUUAACAGAGCUGAAAGAAAGAAGCAGAAAGGAAAAGGUAAAAAGGGAAAGAAGAAAGCGUAAUGUCAAAUAAUGUAAUAAACAAACGAUUUUUUAAUAACUUGUUUUUUUACCCUUGGCGGUUUAUAUUUAGAUAAUUAUGGAAUAUAUAUACUUAUAUUCAAAUUAUGCUUACGACUUUAUUGCCCAUAUAUUAAGGUGGUAAAUACAUAUUUUGGCACAUUUUUCGUAUCGAUAUUUUCAGACGUGACUGUACAAAGAUACACGUCUAACGUGAGUAAAUAGCAUGUGUGUCGUACCUGGGUGGGUAGACAAGAUGCCAAUCGUUAACGGUCCGUAGCGAAAGAAACGCAACUGUCUCUGUCUAAUAUGGAAGAAUGAUACAGAGAGAUAACUACUUACGCUACAAUUCGGAGCGUGAACGAUUGGCACCUUGUCCACGCACCCAAGAAAGACACUAAAAGGUUGGCUUCGGAUUGACCACGGUGGAGACAACUUCCUCCAGCUGCACCGACAAGAGCCCAGUUCUUAAAUUUAAUGAAAAACGUAUAGUUUCAAUCAAAACAAAAAUGUGAUGUUCAAAACUUCUAAUUAUCGGAUUUUUCGAAAAUGAUUGUUCAGAUUUUAAUUAUGAUAUUUGAGUCAUUAGAUAUUUUAUUUAAUAAAAGUUAUAAUUACAGCUUUGGAAAUUACAAAAACAACAAAAGAAAA